AUGAGUGCAUGGCAGCAUAUAAACCAAAUGAAUAUUGCUGUUAACACGUUUCCUUCUUUUCUUGCAGCAGCCACCUUUUGUUAUGGUAAAUAUGGCUGCUUCUCCGACAAUCAUCCAUUCGACAGUUCCCUAAUCGCCUUACCGUCACACCCGGAAGCCGUCGGCACAAAGUUUAUUUUAUACACAAGGGCAAACGCCCUUAAGAACAAGGAAGUUCUUAGCGUUGACAUCAAUUCCUCAAUUAUCAACUCUACAUUUGAGCCCUCAAGAAAAGUCAAGUUUAUUAUCCAUGGAUUUACUCAAAGCGGCCAGAGUGAAUGGGUCAAGAAAAUGGUCCUUGAAUUUCUCAAAAAGGAACCAAUGAAAGUUAUUGUUGUAGACUGGGGACUAGGAGCCAGUGUCUUAAACCUGUACGACAUCGCGGCUGGAAAUACUCGCCUUGUUGGAGUACAAUUGGCUGAAUUGAUUGACGCGCUUAACCGAACGUUUGGGGUGGCAUUGAAGAAGUUUCACAUCAUUGGACACAGCUUGGGUGCACAAAUAGCUGGAUUCGCAGGUGAAAAACUGAGACAAAGUGGGAAAGUGAUAGGACGAAUAACAGGUACAGUUCUAUAACACUACUCUCACUUCUGAUUGGUUUUUUCUGGUAAGGUGUUAGCAUGUUUUCACCAUUAUUAUGCUGUACAAGAUGUUGAGGCUGAGGAUGAAAUCCUAAAGUGUGACCAUUUAAAUGAAAUCUGUUGAGCAGCAAUUUCUUGUGGGUACUGUUUGCUGUACAAGGUGGUUCUGACACUUUUGAGGCUGUGGAUCGGAUGAAAUCCUUAAGUGUAACCAUUUAAAUGAGACCUACUGGGCAGCAUGUUCUUGCGGUACAGUUUAUUAUGCUGUAUUCAAAGUGACAAUGUUUUUAUUAAGCUAUUUUGGUUAAAUUCCUUCAGUGUUAGUAUCUUUAGCUGUAAUUUUUUUAUUGUUCUUGUAACUCAUUAACUAUUUUUAAAUCAACACACAGGUCUAGAUCCUGCCGCCCCAGGAUUUGAUUUCGAUGACGCAGUUAUCAGACUUGACCCAAGUGAUGCAAUGUUUGUUGAUGUCAUUCAUAGUGACGUAAGAGAUGGCGCUCUCAGUAAAGCUCUAGGAUUACAGCGGCCUUGUGGUCACGUGGAUUUUUACCCCAAUGGCGGGAAACACCAGCCUGGAUGUGACACAUCAGACGUCAUAGGAGGUAACAAUAGGAUGCAUGAGGCUAUGAUGAGAUUUUGGGAGUUUGAUCUUCACUACAUCUCGUCAACUGAGAUCAAAAUAGUGGGUCGAAGGCUCUAGAUGUGAAGACACUAGAAUGACAACAAAUAGAAUGCAAGGCUUAUCGGUUAACUGGUUGUGUAUAUAGUUAUCUUUUUUAUACAAUUGCUCUAAGAAUGAUAAUUUCAUUUGGUCCGAGAACUCGUCGUUCGGAGCAAAAGGCCGAGGAGUUCUACGUCUACAAAAGCUUAGAAUGCUCAUGCGCAGUAGAACCGGAAGUUCCGAAGCACCAGCAUUCCUGAUCAUAUAUAAGGGUGUACAUUGAAAGUGUUCGUAACUGGAAGGUUUGCACAACAUAAAAGUUGAUUCGUGGCAAUACAAAAAUAGUGUACAAGGGCGGAUUUAGGGGUGGGCCUGGGGGGCCCCCGCCCCCCCCCCCUUUUGUGGUUUAUUAAAUAUUUCAGCAUUACAUGUUCAAUGUGGAAUCCAGGCGUUUGCUAAAUUUAAGCAUCCAAAAUGCACUAGAUUGCAUCUCGGCUUCUUAAAAUCUUAUUGAGCAAUCACUUCAAUCUCAAAAAUUUUGCCGGAGGAGCAUGCGCACGAAAUUCCCGCGAAAAGUGCGCCGUUCGCACUAUCGCGCCCAUAUUGCCACUGUAUACUAUAUCUCUAGGUCCCCUCUAUCACAAAAUCCUCCGUCCGCCCUUGGUGUAGCCACAUUACUACAGUUCACAAGUGCUGAAACCCACCUUCGCAAGACAGCCAACUAUUCUCUUAAAUGAAAAUGUAGAAUUAUAGCUAUUUCAUAUUUGAUCUGUUUUCCAGGUGCAGUGGGUUCCUUCUUGGACAAUGCGCAAGUUUCUUUGCCAGGGAUUGUGGCCUGCAAUCACAUGAAGUCAGUGGCUUAUUUCACUUCGUCAAUCAGUAACGUGUGCACAAUGACGGCCUUCCCAUGUGGCAGUUGGCGAGACUUCCAGAAAGGAAAAUGCUUGUCUUGUGAAGGCGCUUGCCCACAAAUGGGAUACAACGCUGACCAAUAUCGUACUAACAAGACCAUAUUAGCAUUUCUGACAACAGACGAAAACGAGCCAUUCUGUGGUAUGUCAGUGUAACUUAUUACGGAAAAGUAGAUCUUAUCUAAGCGUGUAGAUCUGGUAUUUAAGAAUACAGCCAAUCAGAGGGCUACACCAUUUCAUAUUCUGCGGUUUUGCGCAGUCGUCAACAGUUGAACGUAGGUGGGUCUUCUCUAAAAUGGUAUAGUAUAACUAGAACUUGAAAAGUGACUUGCUUCCAGUACCUGUUGCGAUAAAGUUCAUCCAUUUUACUUCGUCAUGUGAUAAGUAGCUUACGUUACAUACUCACCUAAACAAAUGCGUGUGUCAUUCAUAGGAUAUUUCACGGUAUACCACAUUUGAAAGCUGUAAUAGUCCAUUUUGCAGUUCAGUUACAGGUAAAAACGAGGCUAGAGUUGACCAUGUUUUGAUACAACCCUUCCUGCUUUAUAAAGUAACUCAUGUUGUUCUUAUGCUAAGUAGUAUUUUUUAAGCUAAAUUUGCAUUAGAAAAGGGAGGAAGUUUGUAUCAAAACAAGGUCAACCUCAGCCUCGCUUUCUCUCAAAGGCUGGGACACUAAGCCCACAACUAUAAAAUGCCUUAUUGCAGAACUUGUGUCUAUUGCUGCUCCAAAACAAUGAAUCGGCGGCCAUGUUGGUGUCCUAAACCAAUCCUUUGGGAGUUGAACUCUUUUCUUAUGAAAACGCCUUCUUUUGUUCCAAUGAAUGUGAGUAGAUGCUGGCCACGUGAGUGAAAAAGCUCUAUAGCUCUAUCCGUUUUACAUCGUAGGUAAUUUUUCCAGCAUCAUUCUGAAGACAUUUUUCUCUCUGAUUCAUUGCAGUAAACAACUAUUUUCGCAUAACCUUAUUUUUGGAAGACAGAACUAAGCGUUUCUUCUUUGACAUUUUGGACAACAAAAUUAAAAUCAAGUUAACGGGAAUUAGUGGAAAGGUGGAGACAGAUGAAGCAAGGUGA